CGAUUUGAAGGCAGAUUUACUUAAUCCCAAUCGUUUCAUCGAUGACGCUAGACUGGCUCCUGGGCAGCGCAUAGUCAAAUAUGACAUGCUUGCAUUAAUGCUAGCGCUGUCGACGGGAACAAGACCUGAUUAUCUACCUCAUAAGCGGAGGAAUUAUGAAGGGCUUGGAAAAGAUUUAUGGAGCAGUAUCAUGGCUGAAGAACCACUUGACGGCGAUCAUUGGAAGCAAUGGUCUAACGACGACGAUGAAGAUGAAAUGAUGAGUGUGGAUACUGAAGAUUUCGUAUUGGAUCAAGAGCAUUAUACCCGGUAUCGGAACACAAGAGAAGCAUCAGCAUCAGCAUCUGCAGAGCUGCAGAGCUCUGUUAAAUCAGCAAUUCAAGAUAGAAUAGAGCUUGAAGAUAUCCAGCCUUUUGAUCUUCAAGCUCUACAUAAGCGACAGUACUGGGAAGAAGGUACCGAAGAUCAUCAAUACAUUUCGGAAGCUGAUGCGAUACGCGAGGUUCUCUUUAUGCUGCAGGGAUAUUCGAGCGUAUUGUUCAAACAAAGUAAUCAGAUUACACUUUCCCAAUCCAUCAACAACAAGCAAUACGAGGUCAAUCCUCAAUCGUUAAAGCUAAAACAUCUCAGUCAUAAUGCUUUUGUUGGAAUAUUAAGCGAGCUAUGCAAUUAUGGCAAUAUGAUAUAUAAUCUACGCGAAUGGUGUAACAAAAUCAUACACGAAACGAGCGGCAUUAAAUUUGGUCAAACUUGCACAGCUUUUGCAAUUUGUGUUACCAAACUCUUGCAGGAUUUUGAACUGUCAAUCUCUGAUAUUGAGGUGAACUAUUGUAAAGGUGAAAAUGAGGAAGACCAGCCAGUAAUAUCUUUACUACAAUUGAAAGAAACUCUGGCUACUCCAAUACAAGCAAUCAGAGAUAUUUAUGAAUUGGUUAUCGAUAGUCCUAUAAAUGAUUUGGAUCGUGCCUCUUCCACAAUAACCCCACGACGUAUUACAACACAACUUGUGAAUGGUUUAUACAGUGGCAUUGUUAAUGCUCAAUUAACCGGCAACAACCAUGUAUACGACACGUUGCUUUUUAUAUUUCGCGAAACGAUCAAACCUUUCGGUCGUAUGCUGGAUGAUUGGAUAUCCCGUGCAUCACUUCAAGGCGAUAGCUGUCAGGAAUUUUUCAUCAGUCGGAAUAGAAAUGAGUCAAUCAUCAACGACCAAACUGCUGACUUCUGGUCUAAUGGCUAUCACGCACACAGCAACAACCGUGACGGAGAAUCAUAUAACCGCCGUCUAUAUGUUUGUCCAUUAUUUGAUCAAGCUUUCCUGAGACGGACCAUGUUUGUUGGAAAAGCAGUGAUAAUUUUAUCGAAAUUUGGCGUCAAGACAAACAACAACGAGAGUUUUCAAGAAUGUUUACGAAGCGUCAUUGCAGAGCCAAAACCUGUCGUUGCAGUCAACAACAUCAGUAACAACAAAACUACUGCCAUAUCUUCAAGCACUGUCAAAAAACCAGAGAGCAAUCUGUCGCGGAUGAAAAAUCCGUUUUUGCGGGCAGGACUUCCUUUACUGUUUGCUUCUGAACAACAACACGUUCCUGAGCGUGAAACUCACCAUCAGCAUAGUUCUGGAGACGAUGGUCACGACGACGACAACAACAACAACAAAGAUGGAAUUGAUGAAGUUCCGUUUUUAUUCGAUCAAUCUUUAACACGAUGCCUCGAUAAAUACUUAACAUACCCUUACCAACAAGCGACUGGUCACCUCAACGGUGCUCUACGAAGUCACGGUUUGCUGAAUGAGUGUCUUGUAGCUAUAGCAUCAAUAUAUUUGAUGUUAGAUACCAACUUAAUGCAUGUUUUCUGCGAAUCAUUGUUUUCAGAAAUGGACAUCAACAACCCUUUAACGCAAGACGCCAUAGACAAGCUUUUCAUGGAUGCCAAACUUACUGUCGAAUGGAAUUUACCCGGAAGUUCUACUAGUUAUCUGAAAUUCGAACAGCAGCUGGAUUUUUUGAGCCAGAUUCGAUUUGAGUAUCAUAUACCAUGGCCGAUUAACAACUUCAUCAAAGAAUCAACACUGACACAAUAUAGCACCAUCGUCACUUUUUUACUGCAAUUAAAACGGGCAAAGUAUUUGCUGGAUCGCAAAAUGAUCUUCCAACACGACAGACGGAACAUGCGAUUAUACCCAAUGCGAAUGAAGCUGAUAUGGUUUGUCAACGCUUUUUGGAGCUAUGUGAUGACUACGAUACUGCAUACGGAAACAAUACGGUUCCGAAAGGCUGUGGAUGACGCUGUUGAUGCAGAUGAAAUCGCUCAACUUCACAACGACUAUGUAUCUAAAAUUGUAGAUCGAUGUCUAUUAGGAGAUAAGACCCAAUCUGUUCACAAGGCUGUCCUGAAAAUUGUGAACGUAGUACCUGAAUUGGCCCACCUCUUUGCUAAUAACGAUGAUAAUGAUUCGCAAAAUUUCGGAUCGAUGGUUGAUGAGAUGCAAAAGACUUUUGAUCGUUCCAACGAGUUUAUUGCGACGACCUUAAAAAUUGUGGGGAGGAAAGGUGGAUUUCCAUGGUUUGAAGCGUUGGCUGCAUCGCUCUCUUAUUCUGAGUCAUAGAUUUUGAAUUGGAACGUCCGAAGCCCAUGAUUAACACCUCGAACCCAUAACAUCGUCAUUUUCA